AAACACACACACACACACACAUAUAAUCCAACUACCAGUAGUUGAAACAAAUCUUACACUUUACACAUUUCUUUCCAACAGUCAGUCUCAAAAUAUAAUAAGGUUUGUUGGAGGCAGAGAGUUACAUAACUACAUUUUUUUCUCUGUCAAAAAAUUACCAAAUAAUCAAAAUCAGAUGAAGUUUCUCAUUGCAGCUAUCUCCCUCUCUUUGCUCUUUUCAUCCACAGUGGCCUACGACUCGUUAGAUCCGAACGGUAACAUAACAAUCAAAUGGGACAUAAUGGCCUGGACACCAGAUGGCUAUGUGGCAAUUGUAACGGUGAACAACUUCCAAAUGUACCGGCAUAUAAUGAGUCCCGGGUGGACCGUCGGCUGGACGUGGGCUAAGAAAGAGGUGAUCUGGUCUAUGGUUGGUGCACAGACAACGGAGCAAGGCGACUGCUCGAAAUUCAAAGGGAAUAUUCCACAUUGCUGUAAUAAAAAACCCACCGUAGUCGAUUUACUCCCCGGGGUUCCGUACAACCAGCAGUUCGCCAACUGCUGCAAAGGCGGAGUUCUAGCGGCCUGGGGCCAGGACCCCCAAGCCUCCGUUUCCGCCUUCCAGGUCAGCGUUGGCCUGGCCGGGACCAAUAAUAAGACCGUUAAACUGCCGAGUAAUUUCACCCUUUUGGGGCCCGGCCCGGGUUACACUUGCGGGCCCGCGAAGACUGUUCCGCCAACUAACUUUCUGUCUCCGGAUCGGAGAAGGAAAACUCAGGCACUAAUGACGUGGAAUGUGACGUGUACGUACUCUCAAUUUCUAGCACAGAAGCACCCGAGCUGCUGCGUUUCGUUCUCGUCUUUCUACAACGAAACGAUCACGCCUUGCCCUUCGUGCGCUUGCGGCUGCGAAAACAAGAACAAAUGUGUCAAGGGUGAUUCCAAGCUCUUGAGUGUGGUGGGGGUGAAUACCCCCCGAAAAGACAACGCGCCGCUGGUGCAGUGCACCCACCACAUGUGCCCCGUUCGGGUCCAUUGGCACGUAAAAACUAACUACAAAGAAUAUUGGCGGGUAAAAAUUGCCGUAACAAAUUUCAACUACAGAAUGAACUACACGCAAUGGACGCUCGUCGUUCAGCACCCGAAUCUUAAUAACGUCACGCAAGUUUUCAGCUUCGACUACAAGCCCCUUCUUCCCUAUGGCUCCAUCAAUGAUACGGGGAUGUUUUAUGGGAUGAAAUUCUAUAAUGAAAUGUUAAUGGAAGCUGGUGAAUUUGGGAAUGUACAAUCAGAAGUACUUAUGCAGAAGGAUACGAACACGUUUAGUCUUAAAGAAGGAUGGGCGUUUCCUCGUAAAGUUUAUUUCAACGGCGAAGAGUGUACGCUUCCCCCACCCGAUUCGUACCCGUUUCUCCCGAAUUCGACUCCUUCGAGUCAGACUUUUAACUCGAUUUUCAUAUUUUUUAUGGUAAUCUUUUCUAUGGUUGUAAUGUCUUGAUCAAUGAGUUGUCAAGUUUCAUAUAGUGUGGAAAUUUUUGAAAUGUGGAGUGAUAUUUAAGUGAAAAUGAGAUGCAUUAUAUUUCCAUUUUACUAAAAAAAGAAAUAGUGGAAAUGUUUGUCCUAACCGCUAUUUAAAUCAAUUAUACCAAUAAUAAUUUUCACUAAAUUACAAAA